UUCGUCCCAAAAUACCAACUGAUAUGACGAGCUGUGAAACGGAAAACGCAUUUGUACCAGAAACAGGUUUUCCACAGCUACAAAAAGUACGAAACGUGCCACUUCAUCAUGAAGCAGAAGUGAUGGUGCUAUAGAGACCCUCCCAUCAGGAAACGCAAGUUUAGUGGAGAUGUUAUCUGUGAUGCUAAAAUGAUCAGACAUCAGUCUGAAACGGACCUGCAGUUCAUAACAGACACCAUGUUUGUUGCAGUGAUGGACAACAUUUUCUUACUUGUGCUGGUCACACUUCUCAGCGUCGUUCAGAAUGUAUUCUUCGCCUUGAAGGUAGAGAAGGAGUGCACCGGUCAACAUUCUAAACAGCAGUCUAUAGCUUUUGAGCGUUUGUCCUGUGCAAAUCGAAACUGCAUGGAUACGUACCCCACAUUUCUGGCAGUACUGUGGUGCGCUGGUGUCUGCCUCAGCCAAGCUCCAGCUGCCUUUGCUGGCAUUAUCUACCUUGUGGUCCGGCAGAAGUACUUUGUUGGCUACUUAGGACAGACUUGCCAGAGCACCCCUGGCUUCCUCUUUGGGAAACGCAUCCUCUUCUUCCUGUCGCUCAUGUGUGUUGUGGGGAUCAUAAAUCACCUGAUGCUCACCUACGGCGGCAGCGACUACAAAGAGUACAUCCAGACCAUCACCAAAGCCGCGUCAACACUUCUGCUCUUGCCCUGAACUGUGCCAGAAAGAUGCAACUGCAGCUGCAAACACAUCAGUGUAGAUAAAGUCUUUCGGUUAAUGGUUUGUCAGUUAGUCAGAGGAUGUGGCAAGAAAAAUGUGAAGCGUUCACAGUGAUGGUCACAUAGGCAUUUAAUUGGAAAAACGAUAAUACAUAUUACAAACCUUUACAAAUCAACACAAGAAGAUGCAAAAA